AUGGCGGCGAUGGCGAUGCUGCUGGUGGCGGCGGCGGCGGUGGGCGUGGCGUCCGGCGGCAACUUCAACGAGGAGUGCGACGCGACGUGGGAGCCGCAGAACUGCUGGUCGUCGGACAACGGCAACAGCCUCUCGCUGGCCCUCGUCAGCAACUCCUCCGGCUCCAUGAUCCGCUCCAAGCGCCAGUUCGUCUACGGCGCCGUCUCCACCUCCGUCCAGCUCGUCGCCGGCAACUCCGCCGGCACCGUCACCACCUUCUACACAUCGUCGCUGGGAGACAAGCACGACGAGAUCGACUUCGAGUUCCUGGGCAACGAGACCGGGCAGCCCUACACCAUCCACACCAACGUGUACGCCAACGGCGUCGGCGACAAGGAGAUGCAGUUCAAGCCGUGGUUCGACCCCACCAACGGCUACCACAACUACACCAUCUCCUGGACCCCAUGCAGGAUCGUGUGGUACAUCGACGGGACACCGAUCCGGGUGUUCCGCAACUACGAGAGCAGCAACGGCGUGGCGUUCCCGACGCGGCGGCCGAUGUACGCAUACUCGAGCAUAUGGGCGGCGGAGGACUGGGCCACGCAGAAGGGCCGCGUCAAGACCGACUGGAGCAGGGCGCCGUUCGUCGCCCGCUACCACGGCAUCGGCCUCGACGUCUGCGAGUGCUACGGCGGCGGCUGCGUCUACGGCUGCGCCGCGGCAUUUGGCCAGGCGAGCUGCGGCGGCCAGCAGCUCGCCGGCGACGAGGUGGGGAAGAUGCAGUGGGUGCAGGACAACUUCAGGAUCUACGACUACUGCGUCGACUACCAGCGGUUCAACGGACAGAUGGCGCCUGAGUGCAGCCUGCCACAGUACUGA